UGUUUACAUUUUUACAUUAUUUCACAUAAAACAAAUGAUUAAAAAAAUUUAUUUGCGUUUUUGUAGUGAAAGUUGAUCGUGAAAAGCAAUUAAUUGUGAUUGACGAAUUCCUUGAAGAAGUAAGCGUAGAAGAACUGCAGGAACAGCUUCCGUCACAUCAGCCAAGAUUCAUCGUCUACUCAUAUAAAAUGAUUCAUGAUGACCGAAUAUCUUAUCCAAUGUGUUUCAUUUUUUAUACACCACGCGAUUCAAUGAUGGAACUUCAAGUUCUGUAUGCACGCAGUAAAUUAUUGUUACAAAAGGAAGCAGAUCUUACACGAUCAUAUGAAAUUCGUGACAUUGAAGAUUUUACGGAAGAAUGGCUUCGUGAAAAAUUACAUUAAAUCGAAGAA